AUGAGCUGCCCCGACUCGGAUGCGGCUUCACGCUUGCGGGGGACGCGUCCGCGUUCCUCCACCAAUGUGCAGAGGGGAACCAGAGCUCCUAUGACACCCAUGAACAACAACAACACCGCGCCCGGCUUACCGCAAACAAUAAGUCAUGCCGAGCGACGACACAGACGACACGCGGAAAUUCAUGGGCCCAAUGGCCACUUUCAGGACCAUCAUCACGAGCAUAACUAUGGCCGCAGCCAUGGCCACACUCGCACAAGUUCCGCCCCCAGCCCACCGACGACGGAUAUCGAGACAUUCCCGCAACCCUCGACGCCGGCGCCUCAGCACGGCGCGCUGAUGCCCUCGCCUAUGUCUCCCACUGAUAUGGGUUUCCCGGGUGGACCGGAUGGUCGCGUCAUCAUGUCGCUGUACACCUAUCAUCCGCCUGUCAAUAUCCCUCCGGCGAAAGAUCAAGCAUCGCUUGUGCCGGCCCCUGCCCAUGUGAAUUCGACGAAGGUUUCACUUUCUUAUGCGUCUUUGCCAUGGCCAGUGCGACCGGGGGACUAUCUCGAGAUUCGUAGAGUGAAUGCUCCGCAGAUGCCCUCCCGACCUGGACCAAAGCCUGUUUCAGGCACCGGCGACAAGUCCAACGAGCUGGAUGCCUUGGCUGGUGUCAAGCCCAAUAAAGGCCGCGAUGGCUACGUUUUCCGCAUAGGAGAAGAUUGUCCCAACGUGCCAGUCAACCAGAUCCAGGUUCCGAAUGCCGUGGCAACGGCAUUCAAGAUGCAGCAUCGCCAGGAUGUCGAAAUCUGCCGCAUUCCGGAGCCCGAGUCGGCCGAGAUCGACUACAUCGAGCUGCACUUCUCUCAGUACGUCGGCCGCUCCGACAUGUGGCGUAUUGGAAUGUCGCUGGAGAAUCAGGCUGUUCACGUGGGUGAGAAGGUCACCCUGGCCGGAGGUGCGGUCCGCGCAGACGUCCACGGCAUUUGGAAAGGCAAGCAUCGACGAGCGUCAGGUAUUGUUACUAGCAAAACCAAGACUAUUUACCGCUCGAAAUCCGCCCAGACGUAUCUGUUCAUUCAGAUCUGCCAGGAGACGUACGAGUUCGACGAGGACGGCGAGCGCUACUACGAGAAGGUCCUCCAUGAGCUAUUCCAGAAAUGGACGGCCGUGAACGCCACUCAUCUAGUGACCAUCGUUCUCUUUGCCCGUGUGUAUUACAACGACGACGAAGUUGAGUAUCUGCGCAAGUACGACCUUGGUCUCGGCUUGAUGAAGGACCAUCGUGACCGGUGGUGCAAGGACUUCUACAAGGUCGCUGUGGACUUCGAACGCCGAUCAGACUGGAUGACGGCGCUUACGGACGUGAAGCAGCAUAUGGAGCGAUGUGAGGCGGAAAUUCUUCGAAAUUUCCAUCUCAACUUGAUGGUCAAGAAUGGCUUCGAGAAGGAGCAGAAGCGGAUCAUCGGCCACUGGAGCUUUGCGUACGAGGGCAACGUCCUGGAAGCGAUCAAUCUCGCCUUGAACCCCUUCGACGAGCACAACAUCGAUCGUGACCUAUCGCGUACCGGCCUGUCUCUCAUUGUCAUUACGCCAGGUACAGGUCACUUCUCGGUUGAGAAGAACCUCCUACGGUUGACGACUGAGCGCAUGAUCGACCACGGUGUGACGCUCGACCUUGUGUGCCUUACAAAGAUGCCUCUCCAUUCGGUGCCGUUGUUCAGUUAUAUGUCUGAACGACCACGCCGGCCAGCGGAUGAUGCCGACGGCAAGGUCGGACCUUCGACCCCUGAUCCGCUCUACUUCGACGCGAACAUGGACAAGCCGAAUGACCGAGAGCUCACCGAGUGUUACUCGUUAGCGUUCUGGGUUUACUGCUCGUUCUACGCGAAGACGCACGACAAGCCAUUCCGACGCGAUCGCUUCGUGCCACGCUGCAAGAUGUACGAGAUCCAGAUGCUGGGUAUCCUGGACCACAACCUCACCACUGUUGUGCUACCGCUCUUGGAUGUGCCGGAUGUCGAUACCAAAGAGAAAAAGCUGUCGGACGUCGAGCGCAAGCUCAUUCACGAGGACUUUGACGCUGCGAUAUUCGGGGAUGGCAAGAAUCCCAACAUCAAGGAUGCCUCUGUCUCGCCGCCGAGUACCGCGCGAACAGGUACCAUCAGCCCUUCCCUCAGCACGAGCUUCCAGUCCACGCGGCGGUUCCACCGUAUUGAUGAGGGCCUCUCCUCUUCGCCGAAGCCGCCGCUCGCCUCUCGUGGCUCAUCACGGACACCUGCAUCCAUCGUUGAGCUCGAGGAGAACCUCUCCAACCCCUCCAAUCCUUCCCUGCCAGACGUGUCCGGCCCCAUUGCAAGUGGAGUGUCGGGCAUGAUUCCCGACAUGCCCCUAGUGAAGAAGAGCAGUGCUGCACCUCUUGGGUCUCAUCGACGACCUUCGACGUUGGAUCAAUCGACGCCUUCCUCACGCGUAGCCAGCAUUGUCCAGCUCGGCACCUCUCCGACACAUUCCAUUACCUCCACUGCGACCGAACACCCUGCUUCCGGAGCAUCAACACCGAAACUCACACCGAGCAAGAAGCUCAAGAACCAGAGCAGCCGAGGAUCGUUCGCUAGCCGUUUCGCUGCUACAUGGCUGUUCAGCUCGCUGGGCGCAAGAGCCAGUCCGAGUACAGCGACCACUGCCAACGAGACCGUCCAGAGGCAAGACGUAUCCAGUGUCUUCGGCAACAGCAAGCCUUCGUCUCCGUCGUCUCAACGACAAGAACUGCAGCCGCCCAUUUCUGUGCCUGCUACGCCGCAACCUGUGCCGGGCGCUUUACCACCGUCACCUAAACCAAAGGCUCGGGCUGUUUCUAACGCCGUCACCCAACCGCUCCCGAUCUUGGCGAACCCAACACGAGCGCUCAAGAAUGAGGAGGUUGUGAGGUCUAUGCCGCGAUCGAUUCCCAGGUCCAUUCCUCGGUCACUGCCGAAGUCGAUGCACAACUCCUUACGUCAGGCGCGAUCCAUGGAGGACUCGUGGCGCAACAAGUCGAAUGCGGCCUUCGGACGCACCUGCAGGCAUACCACUGUCAACCCCUGCAACCCCGAUGAAGAUGACAUCACACACGCUCACAAGCAGCGGUGGCAGCAUGUUCGCCCUCGGUUCACGAUGGACAGGCAAAAGAGUGUCAAGUGGCGCAGCCUGUGUGCCCCCGCUAUUUUGCCUCUCACGACCGACUUCAUGCCGACGCCGGAGGAGAUCGCCACCUUCUACGAGGCACACAGUUACGACAUCGCUUGUUUCCCUGACCAAGUAUCGUUCCUCAUACGUCCUGACGCCGCGCAGGUCAAUCUCCCGCUGGCUGUCAUGCGUGAGAUGGCGUCCCAGCGUCUGUCGCAGAACUUCCAGUUCAUCGUCUUGCCACAUAACACGGUCGUGACCGAUGUGCAGACCAAGGACCGCGCGAUGCCUCUCGGCACGGGGAAGAAUCUCCUUCUCGGCGACUCCACUCGCGCCGGUCUGCGUGUGGGCGGCGCGUCUGAGGUCCUGAAGGACGCCAGCGGCGCCAUCUACCUCUCAUGGUCCAACCAUGUGCAUCGCCUGACGUUUGACCCGCAGAAGCAGAGUGUCACCGUUCAGCGUUUCGUACGCAAGGUCCGCCACUCGACUGCGCCUCACUCUUACAAGUGUCUUGUCUGGCCCUACCAGCUGCACGACUUCCAGGAAGCCACCGCCAUGUUCCGAUACCCGAACAUUGACGCCAAGCUCAACUUCAACUACCUCGAUCGUCUCAUCGCAGGCGAGGAAGACCGUCUUCAGUCCAAUCUGCGGUUCUGGCGAACUCGAUACCUUCUGAUCCCUUCCGGGAAAGAGUUAUCUAGCUUGACUAACGUUAUGAAGAAAGGCAACAAGGAGGAAGAGUACGCCAUUUCCGAGAUUCUCAUCACCGGUGCCAUGAAGGUCUUAGAGCUCAUGGGUAAAAACCAGUGGACGCGACCGGGAGAGAACGCCCGCCCCCUCAGGCUAUUAGCGACAACAUUCGACCCUUCGGCGUGUGUCUUGGAUGAGGGUCUGAUGUCUGAGCUUGACCGCCUGACGAACAAGACCGACAAGAUCGACUCUGGACACAAGCUCGAGGGAAUGACGUUGCAGGAGCUCGCCGCAAUGAUGAACAAGCCUAACAACGGUCUCAUCAUCCGUGACCGCUGGUGGAACUUCAAGGUGCACGAAGACUCGUUCACGGGCGAGCAAUUCUGCGAAUGGCUGAAGGAGACGUUCUCAGACGUCGAGACACGUGAGCAGGCCGUCGAGUGGGCCGAGUCGCUCUUCUCAAAGGGCCUCAUCGAACACGUCAUGGGCAAGCACAACUUCCACGACACGUAUUUCUUUUACCGCCUCAGUACGCAGUACGACAACGACGCCAAGAGCCAGACGAACCGCACCAAGAACUGGUUCGGCAAGCCUGCCUUCCCACUGCCCAAGAACUGGGUCGACGAGACCAAGCCGCUCCGCCUCACGGACAAGCCAGCCAAGAAGAAGAAGGUCAAGAUGUCGCAAAGCGUCGUGAUCGACUUGGACCCGCACAAGAAGAGUGACAGAGCGGAAGUCGCCAUUCUGCAUGCGGACAUUGUGCACAACACUCGCAAUGCCUUCCAUUUCGAACUGAACUGGCUCGGUGUCACCGCUGGACUGCUCGAGGAACUGCGUUCCAAGGCGUCGGCUCUAGCGGAACGCUAUGGACUGCGUCUUGUUGAAGCUCCGGUCGAGCAGAUAAAGGACAUCGGGCAGAAGUGCGCGUACCGCGCUCCCAUCCCCAUUCGCCUGGCUCUCGCGCCGCCCGUCAUCCCGGACCUGCACCUGCGACUUACGGAGUCGAUCGGUUCGGGACAAUGCGCGCACUACUUCGAGUACGCGAUCCUUACACAGAAGUUCGGCUUCGUGCUCGACCUCGAGGCGACGGAGCGGUAUCCCGACACGAUCGAGGUUGAGUACGCUUACCGCUCCAAGGCGCGCUUCGAGUACAGCCAGUUCGUGCACCGCUCCGGUCUUGCGCUUGUGCAGUGCGCGGGUCGCGAGGAAGGCUUCCUCUGGGCAGACAAUCGUCCGUUCAUCUCGGCGCCCACUCGCGGACGGCAGCAGAGUGCGGAGAGCUAUGCUGGCAACCUCACCCCAAUGGCGACGAAGCAGGAGCAGGCGCGCCUGCUGCGCGAGGAGCUUGAGGCGUUCUGCGCCGAUCCUGUCGCGCUCGCCGAGUUCUAUGAGGAGGUCACUCCUCCCCCGCCCAGCGUGCUCUCGCCUGACCAGGAGAAGUUCGAGAAGGGUGACAAGAACGACAAGGGUGGUGACAAGGACAAGGGCGAGAAGAAAGCGGAGAAGGGCGACAAGCCAGAGCCGAAGCAGGAGAAGGCGGACAAGGGAGCGGAGAAGGAGAAGAAGGCGGAGAAGCCUGCUUUGGGGGAGAAGAAGCCGGACCCCAAGGACAAGCCGGAAAAGAACGACAAGACGUCCAAGUCUGAGCCGGCCUCGAAGGACGAGGCCAAGUAG